CAUGACGUUUUGACAGACACAUACACGCAUACAUGGAUUCGCUUCACUCAAGCGAUUUUCCAUCGUCUCACAUCAGUUUCAGUGUUUGAGUUUUUCAAUAAAUUUAGUUGUCGUUUGACUAUUGAAGUGUACACAGCAAACGCAGAAAUAUACGUUACAACUGUCUUUAUUUACUUGAGAAUUGCAUAGAAAUUAGCUGAAAAACUUUGGAAAAUUUGCCCAUGAAUAUCCACACAUACAAGUCUUAGUAGCAAUUUCGUAGAAUUUGUGUUCGAAAUUAUUUUUUGUUCUUCUCUGUCGUCGAAAAUUAAACAACGGUCGCUGAAAAUUUGAAUGAGCUAUAAAUAUAUAGCCGAAAGAGAGAGAGACCGAAAAAAAAGUCCUAUAAACAAAUCCGACCUAAUCGUAAGUACUCGUACACAUGAACGAACGGACGAACGGACGAACGAACGAACGCAAACCAAUUGAUGUGUCUGUGUAUACGACGUAGCAGAGUGUGUCAGUACGUUUAUCGUCUGUAGCCACGAGACUUCAAGCCGAGCAAAAUUUCAAUACGUGCACGCAACUGGGACCAUUUCAUAGUAUCAAUUAGAAAGAGAGGGAGAGAAAGCGAGAGAAAGAGAGUGAGCGCAGCGCGUAUUAGUGUGAAACCGUGGAAUAAUACAAAUCAACAAGGAAUUUUUUGUUUUGGUGGCUUCGAUGCUUCAAUGCGCUAUCGUUGCCAAUUCGCAAACACAUUCGCACAUAUUAGCGUGAUGCGCCACCGUGUUUCACGUCUCUGAAUGCACAUCUAUAUGUGUGUUUCAUCGACAAGAAGUGUUUCAUAGUUCUCUUUGCCAUUGAUUGAAUCGGUUCGUAGCGUUAAAAUCACGGAAGCGCUCAAACACUGUCAAUCCUACCGUUCACUCAAGAACGAGAACUCUCUGGCGUACGUAACGCAACCAGCAGCCAAAAGAAAAUUCAUGAUGUGGAUAAUUUCAAGUGUAUCGCAUGUGUUCCUCCAUUGAAGUAUAUUGAAAGCGAAGCAUACAUCUUUGUUUUACAUUUGAUUUACGAGUGUCGCUAAAGUUCACAUUGAGAAUUGGAUUCAUUGUUGUUGUGGUUUUUUGUUUUUUUUUUUUGGAACGAAAGAAAGUGUGUGAAUUGCAUCGAUUGGACGACGGAGCAAACAGAAACCACGUAAAACCGACAAUAACUAGGCGAUAUAACGCUGCUAAUGUUUCACAUUCGGUGUAAAACCAUUGAAACGAUUACUUGUGUUUUUGGCGUAAACAGCGUACGGUCACAGAAACAAACAACAAAAUGACAAUUAUUUUAUUUUUGAUUGACACAUCGGCGUCGAUGUGUCAGAAAGCAUAUGUAAACGGUGUACAAAAGACUUACUUGGAUAUUGCAAAAGGUGCGGUGGAAACAUUUUUAAAAUAUCGCCAGCGUUCACAGGAUUGUAUGGGCGAUCGUUAUAUGCUGUUAACAUUUGAGGAUCCACCGUGUAAUGUAAAAGCUGGAUGGAAAGAGAAUCAUUUUACGUUUAUCAAUGAAUUGAAGAAUUUACAAAGCAAUGGUCUAACGUCAAUGGGUGAAGCACUGAAGAAUGCAUUCGAUUUACUCAAUCUGAAUCGCAUGCAAUCCGGCAUUGACACGUAUGGACAAGGGCGAUGCCCAUUUUAUCUCGAGCCAUCGGUGAUUAUUGUGAUCACCGACGGUGGACGGUAUUCGUACAAGAAUGGAGUGCAUCAGGAGAUCAUAAUGAAUCAGUAUACGGGCAUGAAAUUGACGAAAGAACCAUUUCGAUGGGAUCAAAGACUAUUUUCGCUGGUACUUCGAAUGGCCGGCAAUAAAGUGGACGAACGUGUUGAAGGGAAAGUUCCACAUGACGAUUCACCAAUUGAACGAAUGUGUGAAGUGACAGGUGGACGUUCGUAUCGAAUUAAAUCACAGUACGUGCUGAACCAAUGCAUUGAAAGUUUGGUGCAAAAGGUGCAGCCGGGUGUUGUUGUGCAGUUUGAACAGUUGCUGGCCAAAGAUCUGAAAGACGGUGAAGUACAAGAUUUAGCAUUUCAAACGACGAAAAAGAUGAUCUAUGUGGCCAAGCAUCCGACGCAGAAGAAUCAAUUUCCAGUUGGUUUUUGGCCCAUACCCGAACCAUAUUGGCCGGAUCCAAAACUUGCGAAUCUACCGCCACGUGAUGCACAUCCGAAAAUUCGUAUAAUCACACCGUGCGUCGAUGAGCCGCCGAUGGUGCGUAAUUUCCCCGUUGACAAAUACGAAGUGGAAGCAAGCCCGCUUACGCUGCAGAUUCUAUCGAAACGUGAAGCGAACAAAUGCUGGCCCGUUGUUAUCUCAAAUGGCAAUUAUACGCUCGAACAACCGUUCGGAUACCUCAAAACGUGUCCACCAUUCACACAAGUAUUUUUGAUCAUUCUGCCAUACAAUUAUCCCAGUUUGCUGCCGCUGGUCAAUGAACUGUUGCACAAGUACAAUUCAUCACCGCCACCCGAUUGGACGUACAAGUUUAGUGUAUAUUUGCGUCAAACACCACCAUACUAUGCACCAUUUUUGCGUCGUGCACUCAACACCGCAAACGUCCCGUACAAUUUUCUACAAUACAUUCUGCCGGAAAAUUUAGAUAAUUAUCUCAGUCCAUCCGUGGCAAACUUUUUGAAGACCAUCAAAAAUACGGCCAAACAAGAGCAGGAGAAUAUGUGCUUGCGUGUGCUGAAGCAAUUGAAAAUGCCCAAGCCACCAUAUCAUCAAGUCGAAACGGCCAAAUUGAAUUGUGGACUAUCGUUGAAACGGGAUCUGGUCACACAUCCACAACUGCGGGAAACAUUCGUUAAAGUGCACAGCGAAAUCACUUUGUUUGAGAAUUAUACGAUUGUAGUGCCGACGGCGAAUGAACAAGGGCCGGCCAAGAAUUAUCGCAAUCCAUUCGAUAUUCCACGACACGAUCUCAUCGAUGAGAUUGCACGAAUGCGAGAGAAUUUCUACAAAAUUCCAACGUCCAAUAUAUCAAUCGCAAGCAAAGAUUUCGGCCAUUGUUUGCCUAUUUCCGAAAUGGGCAACUAUCAGGAGUAUCUGAAGAAUAAAGAGACGCCGCUGCGUGAAAUCGAACCGACCAACGUACGGCAACAUAUGUUUGGCAAUCCGUACAAGAAAGACAAACACAUGGUCAUGGUUGAUGAGGCUGAUUUGGGCGAAGUCAUAAUGAAACCCAAUGCUAAUCCGUCGUUGACCAAGAAGGCAGUCGAAGUAAUUAAUCGAAAGAGAAAACGACAACCGGGCCCAAUACGAAAAGACUUUGUGUUCCGAAGGCUGUCAACGGAUUCAUACAGCAGUGCGGUUUCGAAUGAUUCCAACAGCGAUAUGGAUGACAGUCGCUCGAUAGCCUCGGAGACAUCAUCCUUCGCGGAUAACGAUGAGAAUGAGCUGACUAUUGAUUUGGGUUUCAAUCAGCCGUCAGUGCUGGAGGAAGAUUUCAUGGUGAACGGUCACGUGCAAAGCUUCAUAAACGGUGAGAACAGUGAUGAUUCCGACGAUGUUAUAAUACAACCACAACCGCCGAUACAUACGCCAAUCAUAGUCAAUCAUCCGAUAAGUCUGCCUGCCGUGACCACCACCGCCGCCCCCGGUUUGGUGCCACCAAUUCUGAUAAAUGCACCAUACAAUAUAAAUCAACAGAUGCCUUCACCGAUCCAAAUUACCCAAGCGCCCAUACAAAUCAGCAUCAAUCAAACGUAUGCAUCACCGUUGUCACAACAAAAUGGUAGCACACCACAAGUGGUCCAAGUGGUAGCGCCUGUUCAGCCGACUCAUGCUCAAGCACACAAUGACUUAAACGAUGCGCAAGAGAUUUCGAAAAUCCUUCAGCAAUGCCAUAACGGAUCGUCAUCAAAUAGCAGCGUCAGCAACAGUAACAGUAACAGUAACAAUAUUAGCAUAAGCAAUAGUAACACAAGCAACCCAAUCUCACAUGGAAAUAGCAACAGCAGCAGCAGCAACAACAACAACACUAGCAACGGAAAUAGUGGCAUUCUAUUCGAACCAAUUUCUUCAUCGCAUUUAAAUCAGAAGACAUCAUCGUCGUCGUCGUCAUCGUCGACGUCAUCAUCAUCAAAUCGUGAUACAGCACCAAUAUACCGUGGUGAUUUUGAGCUACCACCAAAUCCAUUUGGCACAUCAAUCGUAUCUCACCUCACACACAACCAUCAUACAAACAAUCUGGACAACACGAGUUCAACACACAACAAAAAGAACGACGUUCAAAGCAAUAAUAAUUCAACCACCAACAAUAAUGUUAAGACGGAGGAUGAUCCACAAUCUCGCCUCGAGAACGAUGACGAGCUCAAGGAAACGAUACGAGAACAUAAUUUACAGGCACGAAAAAUCAUUUUCCAAGACAUUCGUCGACCCGGCCGCGAUUAUUCACAGCUGCUGGAACAUUUGGAUCUAAUCAAAGGCAACCUGGAGACCAAACUGCAAUUCAUCCAAAUGUGCAUUGAGGAAUCGCAACGAUUUCGACGGAAGAAAAUGGCCGAUUGCAUUCAGGAGUGGUUUGAUAAAUACGUCGAUCAGUGAGUGAAAUCGACUGUUGAUCGAUCAAACUCGAAUAAUUAUUCAAUUCAAUUGAAUUUGCCACGUGAUAUGAGUAUGCAUGGGAAAUGAGUUGUCGGACACAACAAUUAAAUGCAUCAUUCGUUUAAUGUAAAUACAUCUUGUUAUCGAAUGCCACCGUAAAUGGUACAUACACACACACACACACACACACAUACAUUUUUGAUCGUAUGCAAUAGUUCUACUGAAUUCUACUUUUUCUUGAAUAUCAAAUCGCCGUUAGUUUGUUUCAUAUUGUUUAAUUUUUUCUUUGGACAGGACAGAUAUGAACAAUUUACAAUUUAGCUAAAAAAGAAAACAAAAAUAGUAAAGAAAAA